UGUCUGGGAAAGUUUAUAUCGUCAGCCAUUGAAGUCGGCGUUGAGUUGGAAGAGGUAUCGUGUGUACGUGAGACAAAUCAGGGUCACCUUUCCUGUUUAUAGCUUUCACCCUCUUUGUUAAAGUAGCUCUAUCCUAUCCAGCGGACUUUCUGUUGGUCAGUCUUCUGCAGCUGGUGUUUUCACUUCACCCGCCUGCCAAACGGACAUUUAGCGGCAGAUGACAGCGACAGGCGGGGUGUUGGUAGCUGUUCGGUGAUAAGAGAUAAAGUGGGUAAAAGGUGGCUGUCAGGAGCAGAUAAAAUUGACAGCAACGGUCUAAAAGCGACAAUGUAGCGGUUACAAGCUGUACGGGAGGACACGGUGUGUUGGCAGACCGGCUGGAUGUCCAAAAAUGUUUCUCCUGGUGGACUUACUGAACCAGAAACACAUCGACACCCUCAAAGACUGAGUCCGGAGAAAGAAAUACAAAGAGAUUUAUUUUUAAUUUUUGACGGAAUCAUCAAGUAUCAUAUAUUAUCUGGUAAAUAGCUGUGAAAUAGGACGAUGUGUCUUUUAAUACGCGUGCCAGGCUGCACACACAAAGUGCAUCUAUCCAGGUUGAAGCUAAUGCAGUCUAGGUUGUUAUGGCUGGAGCAUCGUCCGACCUUCUCAGCUGCCCUCCGGAGGACGAGGCAGUCCACCGGGCUCAAAUCCUCACUCCAUCCGACCCCGGCAUUCCCUGUCUGGGCUGCCAGGCCCUACAUGACGGUCCUUCCGCGCAGCCCCCUCAUGGGGAUCCCUGUGCUCUGCUUACAAAGCCGGACUCUCGCUCGCACACCUGUUGCCUUUGCUAGCUCUUCAGCGGCCUCUACACCCGCACCUGCCGGAUCAGUGAAGACCCAGGCAGACACAGAGAGAAGCCAGACCCCCACCACGGUCCCCCUGGAGGAUGUUAAAAGAAUUUUGAGACUGGCUCACCCGGAAAGAGGGAGACUGGCAGCUGCUAUAGGCUUCCUGACUGUCUCCAGUGCAGUAACGAUGUCAGCUCCCUUCUUCCUGGGCAGAGUGAUUGACACCAUUUACACCAGUGCAUCAGACGCCGAGACGAUGACGGCCUCGUUGACGUCGCUGUGUAUCAUGCUGGCGGGGGUGUUUCUGUGUGGUGGAGCGUGUAAUGCCGCCAGAGUCUACCUCAUGCAGUCCUCAGGGCAACAGAUUGUUCGUAAUCUCCGUGCCUCCAUCUUCUCCUCCAUUCUCAGACAGGAAGUGGCAUUCUUUGACAAGAAUAGGACUGGCGAGCUUAUAAACCGUCUCUCUGCUGACACGGCUGUGGUGGGCCGCUCAAUCACAGACAACUUAUCAGAUGGGCUGAGAGCCGUUGCCCAGGCAGCUGCUGGUGUCAGCAUGAUGUUCUACGUCUCGCCCAGUCUUGCGAGCUUUGUGUUGCUGAUUGUUCCUCCUAUGGCCGGUCUUGCUGUCAUCUAUGGCAGAUAUCUUCGCUCAAUCUCCAAGCGCACACAGGACGCACUCGCACAAGCCACACAGUUGGCAGAGGAGCGAAUCAGCAACAUGCGGACAGUCAGAGCUUUCGGCAAGGAGCUGUCAGAAGUCGACAAGUACACACAGAAGACUGACCACGUCCUCAACCUGGCUAAGAAGGAGGCUGUGAUGCGGGCGGGUUUCUUUGGAGUGACUGGUCUGAGUGGUAACAUGAUGAUCCUGUCGGUGCUCUACAAAGGAGGUCUUCUGAUGGCAAGUCAGCACAUGACUGUGGGAGAGCUUUCAUCCUUCCUCAUGUACACCUUUUGGGUGGGCAUCAGUAUCGCAGGUCUGAGUUCGUUCUACUCUGAGCUGAUGAAGGGUUUUGGAGCCGGGGCCAGGCUCUGGGAGCUGCUGGACAGAAAGCCCGAGUUUCCUCUAAAUGAAGGUAAAAUCCUCCCUGCAGACCAGCUGAAAGGCCAGCUUGAGUUCUGUGAUGUCUCUUUUGCCUACCCGACACGUAAAGAAGCCCCCAUUUUCCAGAAUCUGAAUCUCUUGGUCCCGGCCGGUAGCAUCAUGGCUGUGGUGGGGACGAGUGGAUCAGGGAAAUCAUCCAUGGUUUCACUUCUUCUCAGGCUGUACGACCCCGAUGCUGGUGUGAUCACCAUAGACGGUCAUGACGUCAGGGAUUUAAAUCCUUACUGGCUCAGAAGUCAAAUUGGAACCGUGAGCCAGGAGCCGGUGCUCUUUUCCUGCUCUAUCAGAGAGAAUAUUGCGUAUGGAGCGACGGAUCCAGAUGCUGUAACCACAGAGGAUAUCUACAGAGCAGCCAAAGUAGCCAACGCCUAUGACUUCAUCCAGAUGUUUCCUAAAGGCUUUGACACUGUGGUGGGGGAGAAAGGAGUGCUGCUGUCAGGUGGUCAGAAGCAGAGGAUAGCCAUAGCCAGAGCUCUACUCAAGAAUCCAAAGAUCCUGCUUUUAGAUGAGGCUACCAGUGCGCUGGAUGCUGAGAAUGAGUUUCUUGUCCAGGAGGCUUUGGAGCGUCUGAUGGAAGGGAGGACAGUCGUGAUCAUCGCUCACCGUCUCUCUACGAUCAAGAACGCGGACGCUGUUGCUGUGCUGGACCAGCGGCGCAUAGCUGAGUGUGGCCAGCCCACUGAGCUGCUAGGAAACAGGCAAGGACUGUUCAGGAAGCUGAUGGAGAAACAGGCGUUUCUACAGGAAGAGCAGCAGCGAGCACUUAUCUGAUAGGACAGGGAGCACGGAUGCGUUAAAGAUAGAGAAAUCGGGAGGUGAGGUCAGUGUCUGUGA